AUGAAUUCUAUCGACUCCCACUUGGGAGAAAGUUACGCUGCGAGUACUGCUGGAAGUGUCCAGCUUCCUUCCGAGAACAAGAAGCAAAUUAUAGCAAAUGCAACAAGGAAGAGGGUGGAGCUAACAUUUGAGCAAAAGCAAGCCAUUCGAGAUGUUUUCAAUCUGUUCGACACGGAUGGCUCUGGUGACGUAGACGUCACAGAACUUCAAAUUCUCAUGCGCGCACUUGGGCUAGAUCCUCGACCCGGUGAAGCUGAGCAGUUAGCAGCGACCUUUGACACUGGAGGGGCUGCAACCCUGGAUUUCGAGGAAUUUUUGAGAUUGAUGGCAGUAAAAAUGAGCGAGAAGGACAGCAGGGAACACAUGAAACAGAGCUUCAAUAUUUUUGAUGGGGAGCAGCGUGGGAAGUUUGGGGUUAAGGAUUUGAAGAGAAUAGCAAAAGAAUUAGGAGAGGAACCAACGGACAUGGAACUACAACUAAUGCUGAGCGAAUGUGAUGCUGAUGGUGACGGCGAAAUCAACUUUGAAGAUUGGGUCCGCAUAAUGUCUAAAUCCGUAAGUUUACUUACCUAG